CCUUCGUGGCUCAUGCUUAUUUUUGGCUGUCUCACUUUGAAAAACAUCCGCUUUAGAGAUCGUGCCAUUCCGCAAAAUGUUCAUCGUGCUACACGACGAAAACGAACUGAUCUCCUACGCAUGUUGUUUGCUCAAGUAAUCGUCAUCAUCAUUUGCACUGGAGCAUUUUCUGUGUAUCAACUAUAUGCAUUAUUCACGAGUGGAUUAGCUAAGGAUUCGCUUCGAAUCAGUCAAGAAAGUGCUGCUAGUAAAAUACUCGCUGUACUGUCAUAUUUCCCGCAUUCAACUAGCUUCUACAUGUUCACGUUAACUGGCAGCAUGUUUCGUAAAGAAGUUGUUAGAGUUGUUCGACCGUGUUUAUUUCGAAAGCGAAAUCGUGUACAAAUUACCACUGUUCAAAUUAAUCGUGGUACAUCUUGGUAA